CAUGACCCACUGCAGGUUUAAGCCAUUACUUCUUUGAGAGUCAGCCUGUGUCGAGUUUUAGUCGCCCGAUAGACCGAGUGUGCUGUCAUAGUCUUAUAUUUGCCCCUGUAAAUACUCUACGACAAACACACUUCUUUCAAAAUGGUCUUACCCGAGGACACCCCGAUCUACGGACCCUUCUUCGGCGUGAUGGGCGCCGCGUCGGCGAUCAUCUUCAGUUCCCUGGGCGCAGCCUACGGAACCGCCAAAUCUGGCACCGGCAUCUCUGCGAUGUCGGUGAUGCGGCCUGAGCUGAUCAUGAAGUCCAUCAUCCCCGUGGUCAUGGCCGGUAUCAUUGCCAUCUACGGCCUUGUCGUCGCUGUGCUCAUUGCUGGUGCCCUCGACGAGCCCAAGAACAAUUACACCCUUUACAAGGGCUUUGUGCACUUGGGAGCUGGACUGGCCGUGGGCUUCAGCGGCUUGGCGGCCGGCUUUGCGAUCGGCAUCGUCGGUGACGCGGGCGUCAGAGGCACGGCUCAGCAGCCGCGCCUCUUCGUCGGCAUGAUCCUCAUCCUGAUUUUCGCUGAGGUGCUGGGUCUCUACGGCCUGAUCGUCGCCAUCUACCUGUACACCAAAUAAACCUCGCGACAGAGAACAAACUCUAAGAAGAAAAAAACAAAACAAACAAAACAACAUACACAACACACUCACACACAUACAAUCCGACUAACAAACCAGCAGCAAGUCGAUUUUGAUUGUUCCACACCCUUCUUGUCCGCAUACCGGAAAUUUUUUUGUUGAAAUCGAGACCAAUUAUUAUUCGACUCUAUUUCUGUUUGUAUUUAUUUUCUGUGUUAGAGAAAGCAUGUAGCACAAGAAGCAAGUGUCUGUACAUAAUUCCAUAAAUAUAAUUACUAUACACAAUAAGUUGAA